AAACAGCAGUGCUCAGCCCAAACCGCUUCUUCAACCUUACAUCACAUCCACGGGAAACCUCCACUUAUCACCGGGCUUUCACUACCGCUUGGGUCUCCGGUCUCCUGCUUUUCCACUCUCAGAUGUGACUCGGACUUGCGAGAAGCCCGAGCACGACAUCCGGCGCCGCAUCAUAGCGAGGCGAAUCCGGUGCUGCCGACUCUUAUCUAUUUCUUGCAAAAACACACGCUCUUGACACCAUGGCAUCGUCGACCACAAGUUCACAUGCCUCCGGUCCCGUUUCGGCCUUUUCUCUCCCGCACAGCCACAAGCCUCAGCGGAUCCUAGCAUGUGUCCUCUGCCAGCAUCGAAAGAUCAAAUGCGACCGAAACUUUCCCUGCGCCAAUUGUAUCAAGGCCCAUGUCAAAUGCACACCAAGCACUCCAGCCCCAGCGCGCAAGCGUAGGCGGCCAAAUCAGGAUUUGCAGGAGAGAUUGGCCCGGUGUGAAGAGCUUCUAAAGGAGUAUGCGACGGAGAAACCAGAUCACCUCACGCCGCGCCCGGCACAGACCAGCAUCCAUGAGGAUCCGUACAAGCACUUUCCUGCCGGGAAGCUCGUCAAUGAGGACGGCGCUAUGCGCUUCAUGGACAGUCCCUUGCUGUCGGUCGUUUACGAAGAGCUCCGAGCCAUGAGGGAUAUCGUCGACAAUGAUGAGCCGGAAGCGUCCAGCCCCGAAACCAUGACACCUGACAACAAUUCCGACCUCCUCCUUCGCGGCGAUAGUCCCGGAGUGAAAGUGGAGACCCUUUGGCCGGACGCUGCUCAGAUCUUCCGUCUGUGGCAGUUCUAUCUCGACCGAGUGAACCCUCUAACCAAGAUUAUCCACGUUCCCUCACUACAGCCUUACGUUGCCGAAGCCGCUAGUGGUUCCCAGAACGUCCCCAAAAACAUCGAGGCGCUUUUAUUCUCUGUCUUCCUGAUGGCGGUUGUGGCGCUGACACCGGACGAGUGCUUGGCGCUGCUGGGUUAUUCUCGAGAGGACGCCAUCCAAAGGUUCUCAUCAGGGGUGCGGUCAAGUCUCAACCGUAUCGGCUUCCUCAGGUCUCAUGACUUGACCACUCUCCAGGCGCUUGUUAUUUAUCUCUUCUCUCUUCAGGGCCGGUACAAUCGGCAUGCCGCGUGGAUUCUGAACGGUGUCGCAAUCCGCAUCGCGCAGAAGAUGGGCUUGCACCGUGACGGCGAGAUUCUGGGCCUUCCCCCGUUUGAAUCCGAAAUGCGAAGGCGUCUCUGGUGGCAGAUCAUCUUGGUGGAUUCCAAAUACGCCGUGUUUUCCGGGCUCAGCCACUCAUUACUGCCGAGAAAUUGCGACACGAAGCCACCGAAGAAUGUGAAUGACGCGGAUAUCUUCCCGUCCGCCACGGAACCCUUUCAAGACCGGGAGGGCCCGACCGAGAUGAUCUUCUGUCUAAUGACGUACAAGUUCGCCAAGUAUCUUGUCGAAAACCCCGGGUUCGAAUCCGUUGUAAUGAUGACAGAAGCGAGCGGCGAGCCAGGCAAGAGCGGCCCCACGGAGGAGCAACUCGCAGAGUACCGACGGGGCCUUGAGCAUCUUCGCCAAGAGCUUGUGGAGAUCCUCGACAAAUACUGCGAUCCAACGGCUGGGCCCGUCCACCAGAUGGCGAUGAAAAUGAGGGAACAGAUCCUCGAAAAGCUCAACGAGAUCAUCAAUCCGGCCAACCAACAACCCGAGUGGGGAGACGAGAUCAAGUCGGAGAAGGACAAGGCGUUCAAGAUCGCUAUUGGGACAAUUGAACACAACGAGGCCAAUUACGUGUCAAGCAAGGACCAAGGCUUCGCCUGGUUCUCGCUUCUGCACUUCCAGCUCGACAUUUUCAUGUACAUGGCGGGCCAGCUAUGUCAUCGCACCGAAGGGACCCUCGUGGAGCGCGCUUGGAAGCAGGUGACCGUGGUCUACUCGUACCAUCCGGAGCUGUUUGACGUCACCAACAAGAACUACGCUGCGCUCGCCGUGUUUAUUCUCAAGGCGUGGAAGAAGAGGGAGCUAGUUAUCUUUGGCCGCACCGGACAGCUUCCCGAGGCCCCCUUCUACAUCGAGAAGCUGCGGGCGUGCAUGCCCAACGAAGACUACAAGAACGAGCCAACACCCCCGAACCCCUACACCCCCUCGAGCCUGCACAUAGGCCCCAACUCCACGGCCAUCAUGCCUGAGAGCACGCUGGACCAGUUCUGGAAUUUCCUGGAUCCGGAAACAGUGAACUGGGACAUGUUUAGCAGCCCGACUACGAGCGUGAAUGGCCAGAUGGUGGCCGAUUUUAGCAUGUUCGGUGGCAGAUCUUUCGUCUAAGUGGUAACGGAUGGUCUCGAACAGUGGCGAAACGGGAAGAUUGGUGACUUGGAAGUCAUGAUGUCAACCGCGAAACAUUUUUCUCCGUCUGACACAUCCAGAUGGAGUCAGAACGGCGCAGCUUCCUGUGACAUCUUCUCUUCCCCACCGCGCUGCCGAGACAAAAAAUGU